AUGUCUUCAGUCUCAGCUUAUUACAAUGGAAAGACCGUACUUAUCACAGGAGCUACAGGUUUCAUGGGCAAAGUACUGGUGGAAAAGCUUCUGCGCUCCAGCCCUGAAGUAAAAGCAGUUUAUAUACUUGUCAGGCCAAAGGCUGGACAAUCAAUGCAAGAGAGAGUGGCCAACAUGUUGAAAUGCAAGGUCUUUGACAGGGUCCGAGAAGAUUGCCCUAAUUUCCACGAGAAGAUUAAGCCUAUUAAUGCUGAACUCACUCAGCCCAAGCUGGCUAUCAGUGCUGAAGAUGAGGAGGAGCUUCUGACCCGGGUCAAUGUUGUCUUCCACUGUGCAGCAACAGUUCGCUUUGAUGAACCGCUGAAACAUGCCCUGCAACUGAAUGCAAUGGGCACGCAGCGGCUCCUAGAGCUGGCCCGGCAGAUGCAGAACCUCGAGGCCUUCAUCCACAUCUCCACCGCCUAUGCAAACUGUGUCCGGAAAUGUAUAGACGAAGUCAUCUACCCACCCCCAGCUGAACCCAAGAAGCUCUUUGAUUUAGUAGAGUGGUUGGAUGAAUCUAUCAUUCAAGACAUCACACCCAAGCUGCUUGGGGACUGGCCUAACACUUACACGUAUACCAAAGCCUUGUCAGAAUACCUGAUUCAGCAAGAGAAAGGAAACUUGAACAUUGCUAUCAUCAGGCCAUCCAUCGUGGGAGCUAGCUGGCAUGAGCCUUUCCCAGGUUGGAUUGACAGCUUCAAUGGGACAAGUGGAAUAUUUGUUGCGGCGGGCAAAGGGAUUCUGCGGACCGUCAUCGCCAACAACGAAGCAGUGGCAGAUAUGAUUCCAGUAGACGUUGCCAUCAACCUCACCCUUGCGGCCGGGUGGUACACUGCUGUGCACAGACCAAAAAACCUGUUGGUGUACAACUGCACAACAGGUGGAAUCAACCCCUUCUUCUGGGGAGAAAUGGAGCAGUAUGUCAUGUCCACAUUCAAAAGGAACCCGCUGGAGCAGGCCUUCCGAACACCCAACGCUCACUUGACAUCCAACUACUUGAUAAACCAAUACUGGAUAACUGUCAGUCACAAGGCACCAGCCAUACUCUAUGACCUGUACAUGAGGCUCACGGGGAGAAAGCCCAGAAUGAUGAAGAUCAUCAAUCGACUGCACAAGUCUAUGAUGCUCCUGCAGUAUUUCUCCACCCAGUCCUGGGACUGGUCUUCAGAUAAUAUGAAUAUGUUAAUGAGUCAUCUUAACACAGAGGACAAAAAGUUAUACAACUUUGAUGUUCGUCAGCUGCACUGGUCAGAAUACAUUGAAAGCUACUGCCUAGGUGCUAAGAAGUACUUGCUAAAUGAGGACAUGGCUGGCAUUCCAGCAGCAAAGCAGCACUUACGAAAGCUGAGGAACAUCCGAUAUGCAUUCAACACCACCCUCCUUGUGAUCAUCUGGCGCAUUUUCAUUGCAAGGUCACAGAUGGCUCGAAACAUCUGGUACUUUGUAGUGAGCCUCUGCUACAAGUUCCUUUCCUACUUCAGGGCAUCCAGCACCCUCAGGCACUGAAGCUGUCCAUCAGCAACCAGCCUCUUCCAGAAGGACCUCCAUCUCCUCUAAUCAGCAACUAUGGGCAUCGGGGUCUGAAAGUAGCAGAAAAAUCCACUCCCUCCAA